AUGAACAUAAAGUGGAACGACGAAGGCGAAAGACUGCCAAGCGGCACCAUACUCCACAUCCGACAAGCUGGUCUCAAGAUCGCUUCAGCCAAAGGAUACUGUAGCACCUAUUGGAGGCUAGGAGAACCACUAGGAGAGGGCAAUUUGAUCGUGUACGAGGCAACGCCGGUCCGACUGGAAGAAGUCUCAAAGGGGGACGAUGGAGAAGGGAUUGUCGCGGAAGAGGUCGAAGCAGGAGGGAAGGAGAAGCGGAAACGCACGACGACUACGGAGAGCGAAAAAGUGGAAGAAGUAUCCGCCAGCGUGGCCCCUGUCGAUGUAUCUCCUUCAGGCACGGUUCGCAACUCCAAAGGCCGCUUCAGCAAGAAGACGAAGGGGAAGGGCAAGGAAAUUGUCAGACAUACGACCUCUACCUCGACCACAUCAAUCUCAGGUCCACACACCCCAUCGACCCCAAGCCCACACACCGCCUCGACCUCGAGGCCGCACACCGCAUCGAGUACGAGUUCCCAUACCGUAUCAUCGCUGCCCCCCGCUCUCUUCGUACCUAUUGAUGGAGAAAAGGUAGCGAUCAAAUUCAAGUACACGCCGGCGGUCGAUUCAACCGAGCGCCUGGGACAAUUGGGCAAGGAGUUUGACCUUGCUAUCGAAAUUGGGCACAGCGUUCUACAGCCCUAUAUGUGUGGAUGGGUUGAGAUACUCCUCCCAGGUCAUGAAUGGAUGGUUGGGCUAUUCACAGUCCUGGUCAUGCCGAUCUAUACCUGCCUGGAUACCUUUCUUGAAGAUGACAACAAGGAUGCCCUUCAUAUCUUCAAGAAAGGACUAGAGUCCUUGUACAGGUUCCAUCAAACAGGCUAUGUCCACUGUGAUUUGAAGUGGGGAAACAUCAUGGCAUCUGCCUCAAGCGAAGCGGCUAUCUCGAGCAAAGACGUCGAAGUCGUCCUGAGCGAUGUCGAGGGGGUCAAGAAGGUUGGGGAUUUUCAAGGGAUGCACGCGACAUAUCAGUAUAUGCCAAUCAGCGUCGUCACCUCAUUCCUGCUGAAAGCGAUGGUUGAUGAAGAUCUAGAUCACACUGAAGUCACUGCAAACUUGUUAAAGACUGCAAUUCCAAGGGUCUAUGAUACUGACAUCGAUUAUUGGGCAUAUGGGGUGAUGGUACUGGAGCAUUAUUGCCAGGGAUAUGUUCUUGCCAACUUCGAUGUUGAGCGACUGAUGAAUGUUGUUUACAAGCAGACGAAGGAAAAGGACAUCCUCCAUGCUGUGGACGAUCUACGCCGGGCCUUCACGGAUAUCUACGAUAACAGGUCAUACGAAAACGACAUCGCUGACGACGACGAAGUCAAGUCUGACACAGUUAAGAACGAGGAGAUCAAGUCCCUGCUACGUUUCUGCCUUCGUCGGCCUCCAAACGCAGGCAUGCUCUCUACCGACCCACGGUCGUUGGCCGAUGUCGCGACCGGACUCUUAGAGAUAUUUCGUGAUCUCGAUAUCGAUGUAGACGCCGACUCACUCCCCGCGUCCAGCUUCAAGAUCGGCGGGUCGGCCGACGAUGAAGUAGACGAGCUGGCGAGCUCGGUAGCCGAACCCGUAAGCGGAACCGAACCGGAAAGCGAGGAUGAACUGCGAUAUCCUUGUCUACUGCCAUGGGGCGGAUGCGUGAUUGUGCGGAAGGGUAACCCCAAGGCGGCUGUUCCCAUUUCUUCCCCUUCUUCCACUCUUCCCCCAAACUCCCGCGGUUGCUGCACGCUCGAUAGCUUAGAGUUGCUCAUCCUUUCUUUACCGAUCUAA